ACCCGCGCCUGCACAGUGGCGGCGACAUGGCACCAGCUGGAGGCCCACGAGCCAAGAAGGGUAUCUUGGAGCGACUGGACAAUGGGGAGGUUGUGGUUGGGGAUGGCAGCUUUCUCCUCACUCUGGAAAAGAGAGGCUUCGUGAAGGCAGGGCUUUGGACCCCAGAAGCAGUGAUAGAACAUCCAAGUGCAGUUCGUCAGCUUCACACAGAAUUCUUGAGAGCAGGAGCUGAUGUCUUGCAGACCUUCACCUUUUCUGCCACAGAAGACAAUAUGGAGAGCAAGUGGGAAGCCGUGAAUGCAGCUGCCUGUGACCUGGCCCAGGAGGUAGCUGGUGGAGGGGAUGCUUUGGUGGCAGGAGGCAUCUGCCAGACAUCACUGUACAAGUACCACAAGGAUGAAAGCAGAAUUAAAAACAUUUUUCGACUACAGCUAGAAGUUUUUGCCAGGAAAAAUGUGGAUUUCUUGAUUGCAGAGUAUUUUGAGCAUGUGGAAGAAGCUGUGUGGGCUGUGGAAGUCUUGAGAGAGGUGGGGGUACCGGUGGCUGCAACCAUGUGCAUUGGCCCAGAGGGGGACAUGCAUGACGUGACACCUGGAGAGUGUGCGGUGAAGCUGGCUCGUGCAGGGGCAGACAUCAUUGGGGUCAACUGCCGGUUUGGACCCUGGACCAGCUUGCAGACCAUGAAGCUCAUGAAGGAGGGCCUCAGGGAUGCCGGCCUGCAAACUCAUCUUAUGGUCCAGUGCUUGGGGUUCCACACACCGGACUAUGGCAAGGGAGGGUUUGUGGACCUCCCAGAAUAUCCCUUCGGUCUGGAGCCAAGAGUUGUGACCAGAUGGGAUAUUCAAAAAUACGCCAGAGAGGCCUACAACCUGGGGGUCAGGUACAUCGGCGGCUGCUGCGGAUUCGAGCCCUACCACAUCAGGGCGAUCGCAGAGGAGCUGGCCCCAGAAAGGGGGUUUUUGCCACCAGCUUCAGAAAAACAUGGCAGCUGGGGAAGUGGUUUGGACAUGCACACCAAGCCCUGGAUCAGAGCGAGGGCUAGACGGGAAUACUGGGAGAAUCUGCUGCCAGCCUCAGGAAGACCUUUCUGUCCUUCUCUAUCAAAGCCAGAUGCGUAAGAAGCAAUGAGAGAGAACUCUGAAGUGACAGAACAGGAGGAAACAGCCUCAAGCCACAUCUGGAACCUUCCUCGCUGCUGUCCCCAGCCUACCCUGUUCUUCCGGCUGCUGGGCAUUGAUGAGCUGCCCUCCUUUAAGUGAGAGUGACACGUCACUCCUGAGCAUGCUCAUCAGAUGCAAUGGGCAUGCAGAGGCACCUAGACACCCCCCCACACACCCACACUUACUCUGUGCCUAUUAAUGCCACGGGGCUUCCAUUUGAAGGUCAUCAGGCAUGGCCAGAGUUGGCUCUCAGGGUGGAUUUGACACUCUCAAAUAAUCAGAAGUCAGCAAGAAGCAACCUUGGUGAAUAAUUCUGGUGUCUAAGCUAGGUGCUUGAGCUACAAACAGUCUCAGGAGAAGAGAUGCCAGAGUUGUGAAUGAUGGCAGGGUUACUGAAUAAUCAUGAUGCUUUGCUUUCAAGGAUGAGUUUUUUUGCUUUAAAGUCCUGGAAUUUGUAAGUGCAUCUUUAUAAUCAUGCACAGGUAGAUUAUCAACCACUGAGCACGUAACAUGCUUCUUACAUUCUCUCUGUUUAGCUUUGUGUCAAGCAUAAUCACCAAUGCUCAGGGAAACACUUGCUGAUUAAAGUAAAACACAUGAACCUUGGAAGACCUUUCUAAAAGUCAGAGAUCAAGUUCACCUUGUUCUAGCACUUUCUACAUUCAUGUUUGUUUUGUACACUGUGCCCCACUUUUCUGUUUUUCACUACAAUGUAGCAGUGUGUAACAGCAAGAUUACAAAUCAUUUUCCUUCUC